AUGACCAUGACGCUCGACACUACUCAACAGCGGUUCGGCCCCUCGUUGAAUUUCGACUAUUCAGCUCCGGCACAACCUCCUGCUUUCUCGAAUCCAUGGUCGUCGUCGUCGCCCCCUCAGCCUCCUCCUGCUGGCGGUGGUCUCUUUGUCGGCAGCCAGCAGCCUCUCAACCCCAACAUGAUGGCCGGCAAGCCUCACCAGCACAGCCGCGCGAGCACCAGCAGCGCAUCAUCAAUGGCAUCCUACGGCAACUCAAUGCCAGUUGCGAGCACCUCUGCAGGUAUGCCGGACAUGUUACGACUUCCGUCGAUAUAUGGCGGCUCUCACCAACAGUAUGCUCACUCAUCCAACUCAGAUCUCCUCACCCUCAACCGCAUGCAAACAACGUCUGCUGCAUAUGGUGACCCGACUUACACAACAUCCGCCUCACCUGUGAACGGCCAAUUUGCACCCACAUCGGCUGCACCUUACGAGACUCUGGGUUAUGCCCCAGCUCCCGUGCGACCGCCACCCUUUGGGCUUGCUCCUGACGACCAUGCCAGGAGAUUCUCUCAGCAAAGUAUCCAGGAUGAACGGAGGAGUUUUGCCGACGCUCUCGAUGCCAGCCAUGGCAUGCUGGCCAUGAGCCAGGAGACCCCUCGAAACAUCUAUGGGGCCCGAAGUGAUCGUUCCUCCGUUGAUUCCUAUGGAUUCCCCUCUACCCACUCUACCAGUUCCUCCAUCUCCUCCAGUGGCAACUUUAGCUCGUACUAUGGCGAUUCGGUCUCAGACUACUCUACCGCAGGCUCUGACAUUGAGUCGGUGAACUCGAGGACGCUGCCCCGACCCCAGGGCCUCAUGGCUUCUCAGAUUCCUCCCGCUCCUCAGUCCAUGAUGGGGCAGUUCAGCUCCAAGGUCUCGUCGAGCACCCAGAAGAAGCACAAGUGCAAGGUCUGCGACAAGCGAUUCACGCGACCCAGCUCUCUGCAGACUCACAUGUACAGCCACACAGGCGAGAAGCCCUUUGCAUGCGAAGUCGAGGGCUGCGGCCGACACUUUUCAGUCGUGUCUAACCUCCGUCGACACCGCAAGGUCCAUCGGGGUGACGCACGCUCUGAGGCCGGCUCUGAGGAUCACCACUCGGACUGA